UCUCUCUCCCCCCCUCUCUCUCUCUCUCUCUCUCUCUGAAGUGGGAUAAUGUUCACCCCUACACCCCUGAAAGUAAUUAAGUCGUAUUCCAUCUCUGGCUCACUCGUCUUCUUUUCCCUCGCUUCUCACACUUCUCUCUCUCCUCUGGAAUUCCUUCCGUGUGUCUUCUCUUCCCUUUUUAUUUUCCUCGUCGUGCUUUGGGCCCUUUACUUUUUACCUUUGGCUCUUUUUUCUUCACCUGGUCUUCUGGUCAGUUCACCCACCGUUGCAUGUGUUUUCCCUCCGUUCUUCAUCAUGAGUCCAGGGAUUCCACGGUCAGAAGAAAAGACGAGAAGAUCGAUUGACGGCAGUCUAGAUCACAGUCUGGGACGGGGCGUCGAGGCCGAAGGACCCCCGCCACUCAGAAAUUACAUCUUUUUGACCAUUUUCACCUGUUUCUGUCCAGCAUGGCCCAUCAACAUCGUGGCUUUGGUCUUCUCCAUGAUGUCUCAGAGCAGCUACGAUAAUGAGGAUUACGACGGCUCUCAGCGGUUGGGGAGGAAGGCCCUGCACAUGGGCAUCGCCUCGCUCAUCAUCGGCCUGCUCAUCAUCAUGAUCUUCUGCAUCGUGCACUUCACUACGAAUCCAAUCUGAUGGUGCAGAAGAAGCCUUAAAGGGAUUCUCUCACCUCCGUCUCCAUCUCCAUGAGCUCUGGUGGACUGACAGCAGAAAGAAGGACAACACCGUCCUCCAUCACGCCAACACUACGGACACACCACGGGCUGUUUUUUCUGUUUUUUCCGUUUUAAGGCGUCUUUUGCUCUCAUGAGUGCACGUUCUGCUACAGAGGAGCAGCCGGAGGAGCUCAGUCAUCUACUUUAUAUGUCUUACUGAUCUCACCUUAAUCGAGUUUACGCGUAUUUGCUAGUUUACUAGUUGAGUAGAGCUUAAUCAGGAGAGUAUUAAUCAACAUGAAAACACGAAAAACAUGACAUCAAAUCACACUGCCUGUCAAAGGUUUGGGGACACUUAGCAAGUAUUGUUUGAUUUUUACUGUUAUUUUUCAAUAAAAUAAGAAGAAAAUCACUGUAAAUGUUUAUUAUAAAGCAGCUCUGCGCGUCUUCAACACUCAAGCUGUGAGUGGGCGGGGCUAAACUCCUGCAGGCUGAAUGGGUGAAUGUAUCGCUGUUG